GGGUAUCUUUGUUCUGAUGCUGUGGUCGCUGAUAACGUGCUCCUACGGAUUUACGAUGGAUCGUGCAGUAGUGUUUGUACCGCCUACAUGGGACACGGCACCGUCCUUGGACACUUAUCAAAGAGUAUUUGUCGACUCUGCAAUGAAAGAGAUACAGGUAACUGGUAUGAACAGGAUCUUGCAAACUGAAGAUACGAAAAUAUCAAAAAAUAUGUUAGAAAAUCAGACGCGCGAGAAGAAAUCAACAACCGAGAAAGUCGAGAUGAAACUCAUCGAGAUGAAACCUAUCAAUGAAAUAGCAUCGGCAAUGAGGAACGACGCUUCUGAUUCUUCUGAAGAAAACAUUAAUGCUGUUAUUACUCCUCGAAAUAUCAUUUUGCUCUUGAUCGAUGAAAGAGACCAUGAGAAAAAGGAAGAGAAUUCGUGGAAAGAUUAUAAAGAAAGACUGCCCUUCGCGAUUGAAGGAGUUCUUCAAAGUUGUCGUGACAAGAUCGAGAAUGCUAAUUUCUCUAUGGAUAACGCGUCCAUUUCUGAAAAGAAGGAAAAAGAUUGCAAUUGCGAGCAUAUCCUUCUCUCGAAUAUCGAAGAGUUGUUAUCCUGGGCGACACAUACAAGAGGAAUGACAACAGGUGCAGUUUCCAGCAGCAACUUCUCGAUCCCAUUUUUUCCUAAAUACGAGUCUAGCUCAAAUAAGAGUAAUGCAAAGUUAGAAUUGCGUAAAAGCAAACGCGAUUUCAACGACGGUUGGCAAGUAAUCGAUCUUAACGAUCGGAUAAGUUCCGUUCCCCCUUCGAUUGCGGAAGAUUCAAAGACAGACGAGCACCGUAAACAUUGAAGAAAAACAACGAAAAAAUACAAAGAAAUUCGGCUUCAUUGAAGACAAUACCAUGUGACCUCAGUACAGUUCUCGGUGCCAUGACCUCAAUUCUCGCCAAAGUCGCAAUAACAUCUUAAAUGUAAAGACAUAAUAUUUCGUACUCCAUCUUUAUAUGUUUUUAUUUCUUUAUCUUUUUUUCUAUUUAUUCCUCUAUAUUUUACCCAAUAUAGAUGAGA